AUGGCGUUCCCUACCGCUGCCCGCACGAAGCCACGCCGGCCCUCCCUGCAGCAGAGCACCUGGCCGCUCAUGACCAACACGAUCGCCGUCUCCGGGCCCCCCUCCGCAUCGCCCUUCUCCCCCUCCUCCAACGCCCCAAACCUGCGCAACGUAUCGGAAAUCAUCCCCCGGCUCUACAUCUCUGACCUCGCGUUCGCCGAGAACCCCUCGGCUCUGUCGAGUUACAGGAUCACACACGUCCUCUCGACCCUACCUGAUACCAUCUUCUGUCCCCCGCCGACGCUCCUACCGCUCCAGCCCGCGCGCCUCCAGAUCCGGGUGGACGACCUCCCAUUCGCAGAGCUCGCUGCCCACCUGCCGACGACGACCGCCUUCAUCCGGGACGCAUUGGCGCACAACCCCGAAGCGCGCGUGCUCGUGCACUGCGUGGAGGGGAUCAGCCGGAGCGUGAGCGUGGUCGCUGCGUACCUGAUGGCGCAGUACGGGUGGACGCCGGUGGAAGCUGUGCAGUUUGUGAAGAGCAAGAGGGUGGUGGCGGACCCGAAUUUUGGGUUUGUGCAGCAGUUGCAUGAGUAUGCGAGGACGGCGCUUGGGAGGCAGCAGUGUGUGGCGCCGGGGGUGCCGCAGUAUUGUGGAGGGAGUACGACGUAG